AUGAAGACGAUCCUGACCCUGCUCGCCAGCGCCAGCGCCGUGCUGGCCGCGAGCCGCACCAGCCCGCCGUCCGGAUGCCUGCACGUGGCCAAGUCCGGCGGCCAGUAUACGACGGUGCAGGCGGCGGUCAACUCGCUGUCGACGUCGUCCACCGCCGACCAGUGCAUCUUCAUCAACCAGGGCACCUACACGGAGCAGGUCUACAUCGCCUCCCGCGCCGCCAAGCUGACCAUCUACGGCUACACCACGGACACGACCUCAUACGCCAACAACAAGGCGAUCAUCACGUACAACAAGGAUGCCAAGAGCGCUGGCAACAACGACGCCAGCGGCACCGUGCGUGCGCACUCGGACAACUUCAAGAUGUACAACGUCAACGUGAUUAACUCCUACGGCAAGGGCUCUCAGGCUAUCGCCCUCAGUGCUCAGGGGUCCGGUGGCUACUACGGCUGCUCGUUCUACGGCUUCCAGGACACCCUCCUGGCCAAUGAGGACCAGCAGAUCUACAAGAACUGCCAGAUCACAGGUGCGACGGACUUUAUCUUCGGCCAGCGAGCGCAGGUCUGGUUCGAGAAGGUCGAUAUUCGGGUCCGCAAUGGCGGUUACUACAUUACUGCCAACGGCCGGGACUCGGACAGCAACAAGUCGUAUUACCUGUUCAACAACUGCUACAUCGCGGCGGCGUCGGGCGAGUCCGUGGGCAGCCGGACGUACUACCUGGGGCGGCCGUGGCGGACGUACGCACGCGUUGUCUUCCAGAACACGGCCAUGAGCUCCGUGGUGCGCACCGAAGGGUGGACCGUCUGGGACAGCUCGACCGACACGUCCAAGGUCUACUACGGCGAGUACGCCAACUCGGGCGACGGCGCCGCCGGCACCCGCGUCAGCUGGGCCAAGAAGCUGUCGUCCGCCGUCUCCAUGGCCACCGUGCUCGGCAGCUCGUAUGCCAGCCAGGGCUGGUACGAUGGGUCUUACUGA